GUUUCGGUUAAUUUAACUAAAUCCGUGUUAACUUUACGUAACACAUUAAAAAUAGAGUUCCGUGUAUUAAAUGUGGAUUAAAGUGAUGAUGUAUGAUGUGUUGGAUCACUUAAUGCUUUAAACUUGCAUUCCACAGAGUUGAACUAUGACCUAAAUAGGAUUGUUUUGUGAAUUUUGCACUCUCAAACGGUUAUGUACAAAAACAACAACCUGUUGUUUUAUUCUAGUUGAGGACAACACAUUUUUGCAUCCUUUCCGCAUUAGAAAUUGCAGCUUUUGCAAGAUUUUAAAAUGCACCUUAAACAAGUUGAAUGAUACUGUAUAGAAACGUAAAGAUGUAAUGUCUGAACAUGUUAUGGGUGUGAUAGGGUAUAGUCUCAUUUUACACGAUGACAGAUCGGGAACAUUUCUGUUACUGCCACUGGCUUCUCACAGAAGUUGAAGUAUAUUGAUAAAUGUUGGGCUCAAAUUGUGUUUAGUGCCCCUGAAGAGACAAGUUUUAUGUACACUACCGAUCAAAAGUUUGAAACACUUACUGACUGACGUCACAGAGACGCAUUUCAGAUACGUACAUAAAAAAACGUAUUGGAGACGUCUCCCGGAUUAAUGUGUAAUAUCAGGGUUAUGUAAUGACUAAAAACUAUUAAAAACACCGUUUACCUAGAAUUUACAUAAAUGUCCUCUCGGUAUUUAAUGAAGCAACUUUUGGUGCGAGAUCUUUUUUGUGAGAUGUUCCAGCUCUUUUUUUUAUUCAUGAUAAUAUAAAUUAAAUAAUUGUAUUUUGUAAUGAACUUUUAAUUUUAUGUUUGCGCAAUAUAUAUUUCCAUCCAUCCAUCUUCUUCCACUUAUCCGGGGCCGGGUCGCGGGGGCAGCAGUCUAAGCAGGGAUGUCCAGACUUCCCUCUCCCUAGACACUUCCUCCAGCUCUUCCGGGGGACACCGAGGCGUUCCCAGGCCAGCCGGGAGACAUAGUCCCUCCAGCGUGUCCUAGGUCUUCCCCGGGGUCUUCUCUCGGUGGGACAUGCCCGGAACACCUUCCCGGGAAGGCGUCUUUGCACCGGCCCCUUACGGUCCCUCCUGUAGGUGGUGGGUCCACGGGAGGGUGGCCCCACGUCGCUCCUUCGGGCUGAGCCCGGCCGGACCCCAUGGGGGAAGGCCCGACCACCAUGCGCUCGCAUACGAGCCCCAACCCCCGGGCCUGGCUCCAGGGGGGGUCCCGGCUGCGCCAUGCCGGGCGACGUCACGGUCCUCGAAAUUGUCGUCAUCAUAAGGGUUUUUUGAACCGCUCUUGGUCUGACCCGUCGCCUAGGACCUGUUUGCCUUGGGAGACCCUACCGGGGGCAUAUAGCCCCAGACAACAUAGCUCCUAGGGUCUUUCGGGUACUCAAACCCCUCCACCACGGUGUGUUACAUCAAGAAACACAAGAACAGAAGACAGCAGAUGUGAGUCUGUCAGUGAUGGAGGGAGAAACUGUGACUCUAGAAUCUGGUGUUACUAACAUAAAAAGAAAUGAUCUGACAGUUUGGACAUUUGGAGACACUCGCAUAGCUCUGAUGAAUAAAGAACCUGGCAAGUUCAUGUUAUUUCAUGGUGAUGACGGGAUGUUUCGAGACAAGCUACAUCUGAACAAUCAGACUGGACAUCUCACCAUUACGAACAUCACAAUUGAACACACUGGAUAUUAUCAAAUACAUAUUUUCAGCAGUGGGGAUUUUUUCCGUAGAUUCUUGGUGACCGUCAGUGCUUAUCUGCCUGUUCCCAUCAUCACCAAAUUCUCAACACAAAACUCUUCAUCGAGCUCAAAAUGUGUGUUGUUUUGUUCAGUGAUGAAUGUGACACAUAUGAAUCUCUCCUGGUACAAAUGAAAGAGUUUAUUGACCACCAUCAGUGUGUCUGAUCUCAACAACAGACUCUCUCUUCCUCUGGAGGUGGAAUAUCAGGAUACAAACACAUAUAGUUGUGUCAUCGACAAUCCCAUCAUAAACCACACACAACAUCUUAACAUCACUCAUGUCUGUGGCAUCAUUCCUCCAGUAUGUAAUCUACACCCAGGUUAUAUAGCACUGAUGUGUGUUAUAGCCACAGCUCUUGCUGUGGUUGGGGUUUACUGUCAGUCAAAGUCUGGAAAAGCGAAACACAACGCCCAACAUGAUGGAGAGGUGCUACAAAAUCAUCAAAAUGGUCACAUUCAAGAACAUACCGACUGGCUUUAUCAAGCAGAUAAAGAAUCACCAACUGAAAUCAUUCAUGUCUGUGCGAGUACAUACUUAUUGAGGAAGCCUUAUGGGGAAGACGUUACACAAAGAUAUCCAAGUAAUGAGGAUGAAGUUGAUCAGCAUAAUAAUGCCCUGGGGAAAAUAUCUGAACAGGAGAACACUUCCACAUGCAGUUCCAUUCCUUGGAUAGAAUAUAUGUCGAAUGAUGAAGGGACGGAAACGUCUAAUCUAGAAACAGAUUCACAAAGCAAUCGGAAUACUGAGGAUCAGCAAAAUUAUGGACAUGGGGAAAUGUCUAAUCAGGAGAACAGUUCAAGAUGCGGUUCAAUUCCUUGGAAAGAAUAUGUGCCAAAUGACGAUCGGAUUAUUGAGGAUCAGCAAAAUGAUGAUGUCUUCGUCGAGGCUACAGAUGCGAUACGGAAUUUAACUGUCAAAGAAGGAGAGUCUGUCACUCUAGGCACUGAUGUUACAACGAUUAAGGAGGACGAUGUGAUAUUGUGGACGUUUGCUGAAUCUAAAGAAUGCAAUCAGACUGUUGAAUUUAAGACUAUAGCCGAAAGGACGAAAGCAAACAAAUGUGAAUAUCUAUGCGGUUAUAAAAGAUUCGGAGACAGACUCCAGCUAGACAUUCAGACCGGAUCGCUGACCGUUACAAACAUCAGAUGUGUAGAUGCUGGACUUUAUAAACUAUGUAUGCCUAGAAAGAAGACUUGGAAGACAUUUAUUGUUGCUGUCAAACCAACGAUCCAGAGACGAAAUACUGUGGAAUGAUAACAGAAGAGGAGCCCACUACUACAGUAGUAUAUAAACACUGUGAAUGACACAACAUUCAUGUUGUUUGGGUCGGGACUCACAAACAGAUUCAGUGGCUUGAAAAUUGAUUUCACAAACAAAAAACCAUAGUUGUGCGCACAGUGUGACAACUAUUCAUCCAGCACAAUUCUGUUUACAGUUAACACUACACUGUUAACACUAGUUUUUUUCAUUAUUGGGCAUACUUCAUAAAUGUGAAUCAUUUCGGAGCAGCAGUGAUCCGUCUUAAGUAAACCUACGAAGAGGACGAGCACCUAAAUAAAAUCAGACAGAGCAGGAGAUAUGUUACAUGACAUAAUGUGUCAAGCUAUAUACAUGUAUAUAGGACUAACCAGAAAGAAGAUGCUGAACAUUUCACUCAAUAUUUCAUUAAUUUACAAGUAUGGUAUUUAUCAUAGCAAAGGAAUCUAACUGCAAAAACUAAACUAUAGACAGAAUAAUUUAUGAAUUCUCGGGUGGCCUGGAUAUAAAGAUCAUUUCAAUAAAUAAAACAAUUAUUGAUGCAACAUUUCUUCUGGUAUGGAAGAGCCAGCACCAGCUUUGUUAACUUGGAUUACUGAAGUAUAUUUUGAUUUGAUCACAAUAAGAGCAGUAUAAGAUUUCAUACAUUCCUACGCAGUAUUUCUCUACAAACAAUCGACAAGCUGUGUAUGACAAAAAUGCAUGAUAACCUGAUUCAUGCUUAUCUAAAGGCAUAUGAGCUGAAGGAAUAUAAUAAUCGCUUUGCUCAUGCGCUUUUUCAUGGACCUUUUGACCCACAUUGUCCAUCAGGAGUUUUACAAAUACUGUAACGAGAUGCUGUUUGGUUUUAUGAAGGGGGGCAUCGCCUGUCAUUUUGUUGUAUUAUAUUGUUUGUAUUAAAAGUUCUUAAAAGAA